UUCAUUUCAAAAUUUCUGGGACGAAAAUGGUUAAAUAAUGCGCUCACUUUUUAAUAUUUUUUUUAAACUCUGAUAGCUAAUUUAGUGUGUGUAAAGAUGACUGAAAAAGAGAUGACAAUGGAACAAUUGGAAGAAACCGUGAAGCAUACGGAUGAGCAGCUGGACCUGAUGAGCUGGAAGAUGGACAAUGUGGAGAAGCAGAUGGUAGAGCCACUGGACAGCCAGGAUGUGUGCAUUGUUAACUUGCUCAAAUCUGUGUCUGAGGUGCGCUCGGACUACCAGCAGCUGCGCCAGGAGCUGGGGGAGGUGCAGGCGCUGCAGCGGGAGCUGUCCACGCGCCUGCGCACGCAGCUGCGCCUGGUGCACGGCAAGUUCGCGCGCCUGCGCCAGCGCAUCGCCGCCGCCUCGCCGCGCUAGCACCGCCCACCAUGCCGCCGGCGUUCACGGACUUAUUAACCGACAUUCAAUUAUUAUGUGAACGCAACGCUGAGUGACGCUCGCACUAGCUUCAUUUUCAUAAACACGUUUCUGUGUAAGAGUUCUGUCCGAUUUUUUGUUUUGCACCGUGCUUUCAAUGGAAAGUGUGGUAAAUCAAAUCAAAUCAAAAUCUUAGGAUGAGGAUCGGAAUCGAAAUUACUUUUCAUCAAUUUGUAAUAUUUGAUAUUUACAUUUAAAUUUCUUCUCUUAUGUCUUAAAAUAAACAGACACACAUGAUACUAUGUGAUGGCCAUGAUUCCAUUGUACUUUGAACUAAAAUUGACAAGAAUUAAAGUCGUAGGAGAUUAUGACUACUUUGGGAUUGAUUUUAGUGUAUUCACUUAGUUUUCUAAAAUUAAGUAGUUACCUAAAUUGUAUGUUUUUGUUUUA